AAGCUACAAAGUCGAAGGAGGGAUAAAUUUGUAAUUGUGUUAUUAUUUUUCUUCACAGUUCUUCCCUCCCCGCCUACUCCACCACCAUCCACAUUUCUUACCGGAAAAUCUCUGCUUGUUCCUGCAUCGAGCUGCCGAAGCCAACCAUCCAAAAGCAACCUUACAAGACGGUAACUCAUAAAAUGGAUGGGCAUAAUGCUGAAGACCCAAAGCAGAGCACUGCUGACAUGACAGCUUUUGUACAAAAUCUACUCCAGCAAAUGCAAUCCCGGUUCCAGACAAUGUCGGAUUCCAUCAUUACAAAGAUUGAUGAAAUGGGCAGGAGGAUAGAUGAGUUGGAGCAAAGCAUCAAUGAUCUCAGAUCUGAGAUGGGGGUAGAGGGCUCUCCUUCUCCUUCAGCCCCUACCGAGGGUAAAGAACCCAAGUGAGGCACUGAUUGAACCUCAGCUUAGUAAAAAGAUACUGUGGUGACUAAACAAUUAGCUGUUCUACUGAGAGAUUUCACUUUGCCAUUUGCAGACCUUGAUUUAAAAGCCAACUUGUCAUGUUCUAAAGCUACUUGUUUGAUGGGAUAUUAGUGUAUUAGGUGAAUCCAAUUUGAUUUCUGCAUCUUCUCCUUUCUCUCUUUCUUUCUUCCUUUUUUUUUUUUUUAGUUUUCCUUUAAUUCUGAUGUCUGCACAAAAUGGGAAUGAAUGCAAAGAAUGAGUGAAGUUCAUGGC